CGCGGAUCAUGCAUGGACUUCAAGAAAAUCUCCCGCUCAUCAACCACGUCUUUCCCCACCCGAGCAUUCCAGCCUUAUCCCACACAGCCAGAUCAAUUCGCUCAAUCUCCAUGCGACACAGCGAUAACCAAUGACAUUGCCAAUCUGACCUGCGCGCCGUGACAACCUACCAGCACCUCUCCGCCGCCCUCCCGCACCACCUCGUGGAUGGUUGCGACAUCUCGAUCCACAGGCGCGAACGCAGAGCCGUCGCAACCCGUCCCCCGCCCCUUCACCGAGUCCCGCGAACUGGGCCAGGUCGAUCCAAAAGCAGCAGAAGAUGGAGGACAGAUGACCUCGCCGCCUGCGCCCUCCGCUAAGGAGCGCAGGCCUUGGGCGCACUUCGUUGCGGGUGGAUUGGGAGGCAUGACCUCCGCGACUUUGACGUCGCCUCUCGACGUGCUCAAAACGCGGCUGCAAAGCACCUUCUACCAACAUCAGUUGGCGGCGAGUCGCGCGGCAAAAGGCAUCCCCGCACCCAGUCAAAUGGGCAUUGUACGAGCGGGUUGGCUACACAUUGCGGAGACCGGACAGAUCCUCGCGCAGAUUCCCAAGACGGAGGGCUGGCGCGCGCUCUUCAAAGGCCUCGGCCCGAAUCUCAUCGGCGUGGUGCCGGCGCGCGCCAUCAACUUCUGGGCGUACGGCAACGGCAAACGAGUCUACAGCUCCCUCUUGUUCGGCGGCGAGGAGACGGCCGGCGUGCAUCUUUUGGCGGCCGCGACGGCAGGCAUCAUCACAGGCACCGCCACCAAUCCCAUCUGGCUGGUCAAAACCCGGCUCCAACUCGACAGACAGCAUGCUGGAGCGGACGGCCAGGGCAGGCAAUACCGGAAUGCAUGGGACUGCGUGCGCCAGACUUUCCGCACCGAGGGCAUCAGAGGAUUGUACCGCGGGCUCAGUGCCAGCUAUCUCGGCGUGAGCGAAAGCACGCUCCAAUGGGUGCUGUACGAGCAGGCGAAACGCGCGCUCUCCCGGCGAGAACGCGACCUCGCCCUAUCCGGUCGACCUCCAACGCUCUGGGAUCGAACGGUAGCAUGGACGGGAAAGUUGACCGCGGCGGGAGGAGCAAAGUUCAUCGCAGCACUCAUCACAUAUCCACACGAAGUGGUGCGCACGCGAUUGCGACAGGCGCCCGUCGACGCAGCGGGGAAUGUGAAGUACAACGGCCUCUGGAACUGCUUCGUCACCGUGUUCCGCGAGGAGGGCAUGCCGGCGCUGUACGGCGGGCUGGUGCCGCACAUGCUGCGCGUGGUGCCGAGCGCGGCCAUCAUGUUUGGCGUGUACGAGGGCGUGUUACGGACGUUAGGCGAGAGUUCGCAGGUUUGACGCGGCUGGGCCGGUCUUUGUACUCGACCAUAGCAGGGCGAUGCUGUCUCUCCGCUCGUGAUGCUUUCUUUCGUGCAGAGACGAAAGAUCUCUACGUGUACCACCAACUACCUGUAUAAAUUAUUAAAUACAAUGAACUCAGCACAUUCGCU